AACACCCUUCCCUCAUAACAAUCACAAUCUCUCUCUCUCUCUCUCUCUCUCGAAAAAUGGCUUUUUCUUGUAUUGGGUUCUCUGGGUGUGUAUUGGUUGGUCUGGUGGUGGUGAGUUCUUUAGUAGUUGCCACCUCUGCUGGUAACUUCUACCAGGACUUUGAUUUAACAUGGGGAGAUAACCGUGCCAAGGUAUUCAAGGGAGGACAGCUUCUGUCUCUCUCUCUAGACAGGGUCUCUGGCUCUGGCUUCCGCUCUAAGAAUGAAUACCUCUUUGGGAGGAUCGAUAUGCAGCUCAAACUUGUUGCCGGCAACUCUGCUGGCACUGUUACUGCAUACUAUUUGUCUUCUCAGGGGCCAACUCAUGAUGAAAUCGACUUUGAAUUCUUGGGAAAUCUUAGUGGUGACCCUUAUAUUGUGCACACCAAUGUAUUCACUCAAGGCAAGGGAAACAGGGAGCAGCAGUUCUAUCUCUGGUUCGACCCCACCAGAAACUUUCACACUUACUCCGUUAUCUGGAAACCCCAACAUAUAAUCUUCUUGGUCGAUAACAUUCCAUUGAGAGUAUUCAAGAAUGCAGAAUCGAUUGGCGUUCCUUUCCCAAAGAGCCAGCCCAUGAAGAUUUACUCUAGCCUUUGGAACGCAGAUGACUGGGCCACGAGAGGGGGAUUGGUGAAAGCUGACUGGACGAAGGCCCCCUUCACAGCCUACUACCGGAACUUUAACGCUACUGCAUUCAAGAGUACAAGCUCUCUCUCGGAUUCUGCAUGGAAGACGAACGCGCUUGAUGCCCCAGGCCGAAGAAGACUGAGAUGGGUGCAGAAAUACUUCAUGAUUUACAACUACUGCACUGAUUUAAAACGCUUCCCGCAGGGUUUUCCUCCUGAGUGCAGCUCACGAUCGAGGUUUCUGUAAAUGAAAAAAGCUGAUAAAAUCGGAGUAAUUUUCUCGUUGAGUUUGAAUGGAGUCUGUAAUAAAUAUAUAUAAAUAUAUAUAUAUAUAUAUAUAUAUAUAUAUAUUUCAUGCAUGUUGGUGUGUGCAGAUUCUUUAUAACUACUUCCUCUUGAUCGAGCUUAUGCACUUGAGCUCCAAAUAAGUUAAAUUCUUUUGUGUCUUGUUUGUUAGAGGGGACUCACUUGAUGAGCUCCUUACCCUGUUCAGCCACCCUGUAAAUGUGAUCGCGUUUGAAUAUAUAUUUCCUUCAAAUAAUAAAUCUUCUACUUUCUUUCUCUC